AUGGCUUCCUCCAGUUGGAAAUCAUUGGUGCUGACGCUAGCGUUGGAUGCUGGAAUGUGCUCUCCAUAUCAAUGGCAGACCUGGUGGCUGGACAUCCAGGCCCGGGCGCGAAACUUGGGCUACAGCCCAGCGGUCAUCAGAGACUGCGUCCGUGGCCGGGCUUGUGCUGGAGUCCGUAGCCACUGCGGUCCGGACGCAAAGAAGGAUGUGGCGAUACACAACGAAAGUUAUAGAUUGCUUUUGUUGUUCUCGGCAUCAGUAGCCCUGCUGGUAGGCUUGGCAACCGCCAACCUGCCAAGAUUGGAAGAAGACAAACAAAAUCGUGUCGAAGGAGCAUGGUUUAUGUUCAACUUCCAGUGCUUGGAGCGGAACACAGAAGAAGCGCUUAUCCUUCUGCAGAAGCAUGGGUUGCUUUGCGGAGAUAGGAUGGUUCUGUGA